AUUUAUAUGGUUUCACUCGAGUGAUUCCUUGCACAACACUGACGCAAUUUCUUCAUUUUCAGUCGGUACCGGGAGUUUUCGUAUGCAAAUUUAGUACAGUGUUUCAGCCCUAGAUCUUGAAAGCUUGGCUGUGACAUCACUGAUAUGGAGCGAAAAAGUCAUGGAAAUGGACCUGGACCUUCCAGGUCCAAGCCAUCAACAAGAAAAAUGAAUAUUUGGCAACAAGUUGAUAGGAUUGGUGAAAUGAAUGCACCCGAUGUUCAUCAUGUUAAUCAGCAACAUGAAUUGGAUAUUGAAGGUGUAACUGUGUACGACCAACAAGCCUUGGAGCAAGGUAUGAUAAAUCAAAUGGAUGCUGCAUUUAAUGAAAGAAAGAAAGUAUUAGAAGUAAAAAGAGCAAACAGGGAGAUCAAACUGGUGCAGGCAGAUAUUAGAGAAGUUAAAUUCAGCAUUGCUCAAGCGGAAAGAACUCUGGGAAUUGUGACAUCACAAGCUCAUGAUAAAGAAACAAAGAAAAGAUUGGAUUCUAUUAAAUGUCAAAAGUCAAACAAGGAAAAACAGCUGAAAACAUUACAGGCAAAGCUGAAACGGCUACAGAAGACAGCAGGUCUUAUAAGCGAAGAUGAGACGGAAUCGAGCACCCAAGAUCAAGAAAUUGAGAAAGCUACUUCUUCUGCAGUUAGUUGGACGUUAACAGGUCAAAAUGACGAAGAAAGAGAUCGAUUAAUAAAAUUAGGAUACAUGACUCCAUUUGGCUCAGUUGCCGAAGUAUCACAAAAAAUCGAAGAAAAGCCUCCGAAGAAAAAAUUUUUUUUGGACGAAGGAUUUAAUAAUUUUUUAAGCGCACAAAUAAAACCAAAAAAGAAGUCGGAUAAAGAUAAAAUGCCAAAAAAAAGAGUGAAAACGAAUACAGAAUUAAAUAAAAAUUUUAAAAUACCCAAAAAGGGAAAAGGAACAGGAUUGAAGUCUUGGCUUGAAGAUGAAUCGACUGAUAUUGUUGACGAAGCAGCAGGCAAUGAAGGAACAUUGAGUCCAAAGAAUGGUUCUGAAGCUGUUGAACUUGAAUCAACAUCAAAAGAAGCGUCACCAGAAGGAAGUGAUGAAGAUUAUAUUCCAGAUCAAGAUGAAACAUCCAGGAUAGAACAGGAGGAAGAAAUAAAUGAAAGAAUGAUGGAAAGAGAUAUAGAUCAUGAAAGGAAGCCGAUAAAACAACCAAAAUAUGAUCCAGAUACCGGACUUCCUAUCUAUGAAUAUGAAGAUGAAUUUGAAAAAAAAAGUUCAAAAUUGAAGUUAAAAAAAGGUUACACAAGAAUCAAAGAUGAUGGAAAGAUAGAAAAUUACAAAAAUAGGAUGGAAAUUUAUCGACGGAAAAUUGCUGAAGAAAAAUCUCUCGGAAUUGAAAUACCGGAGGAUAAAGAUUUAGGAAAUGGAUUCAAAGUUCCAGGACGGAUUUGGAGUAAAUUAUACAAGUAUCAAAAAACAGGAGUACGCUGGAUGUUUGAGCUUCAUUCACAAAAAGUUGGCGGAAUCUUAGGAGAUGAAAUGGGGCUCGGAAAAACAGUUCAAAUUAUAUCUUUUCUUGCUGGGUUGCAACUUUCAGGUCUCAGGAGUAGAAGUGUGCCUGGACAUGCGUAUGAAGGACUCGGCCCUGUUUUGAUUGUUACCCCGACAACUGUCAUGCAUCAGUGGGUUCGUGAGUUUCAAACUUGGUGGCCACCGGCUCGUGUCGCGAUUCUUCACGAUUCAGGAACUUUCGAUAGCUCAAGGGCUCAACUAAUUGACAAUAUUUCUCAAACUAAAGGAAUUUUGAUCACAUCAUUCGAAAGAGCUCGAAUUAACAUCGAAAUGCUGUUGGAAUAUGGAUGGCAUUAUGUGAUACUUGAUGAAGGCCAUAAAAUAAGAAACCCUGAGGCUGCUGUGACAACUGCACUCAAAUUGUUUCGAACUCCACAUCGUCUUAUUCUGUCUGGAUCUCCAGUUCAAAACAAUUUGAGAGAAUUAUGGUCGUUGUUUGAUUUUAUAUUUCCUGGAAAACUUGGAACACUGCCUGUAUUUAUGGAACAAUUCUCCAUUCCUAUCACACAAGGUGGAUAUUCAAAUGCAACUGAAAUACAAGUUCAUACUGCAUACAAGUGUGCUUGCAAAUUACGAGAUACAAUUUCACCGUAUUUGUUACGUCGAAUGAAACGUGAUGUGCAAGUUGCUAUUGAUUUGCCGUCAAAGAACGAACAAGUGUUGUUCUGUAGAUUGAGUGAACAUCAGAUCGAAGUUUAUAAAAAAUAUUUAGACUCCGAUGCCGUGCAUUCUAUACUGACAAGAGAAAUGAAGGUAUUCGCAGGGUUGAUUCAACUUCGUAAAAUUUGCAAUCACCCAGACUUAUAUACAGGAGGUCCUAAGAUCAUGGUUGGUGAAGCCACACCAAAUCCUGAAGAUGAACGUAGCUUCGGAUUUUAUAAAAGAUCUGGGAAAAUGUUGGUCAUAGCUUCGUUACUUAAAAUAUGGAAGAAGCAGGGACAUAAAGUAUUGUUGUUCACUCAAAGUAAAGCAAUGCUGGAUGUCCUAGAAAUAUUUGUUUCAUCGAAGGGAUACAGAUAUUUUACAAUGCAUGGUGGAACACCUGUAUCAUCCAGACAACCACUUGUAAGCAGGUUCAACAAAGACCCUUCACUAUUUGUAUUUCUGCUCACAACCAGAGUGGGUGGGUUGGGGGUCAAUCUCACUGGGGCAAAUAGGGUCGUGAUCUUUGACCCUGACUGGAACCCCAGCACAGAUGCUCAAGCACAAGAACGAGCAUGGCGCAUCGGACAAAAACGUGAUGUAACGAUUUAUCGACUUUUAACAUCGGGAACAAUAGAAGAAAAAAUAUAUCAUAGGCAAAUUUUCAAACAAUUUCUGUCGAAUCGUAUUUUGAAAGAUCCAUUACAAAGAAGAUUUUUUAAAUCAAAUGAUCUGCAUGAAUUAUUUCUUUUAAAAGAUUACGGAGACGAGGAGAAAAGUGAUAAGAAAAAAGAUGGCGAAACUGCAAAUUGCAAGACAGAAACUGCUGCUAUUUUUGCUGGAACUGGUUCAGAAGUUCUUCCAAAGAAGAAAAAGAUGUUGCAAAAACAAGAAAAUAACCAAUUAAUGAUCAUGGUGAAUUCGAAAACAAAAUAUGCUAUUACAUCAGGAAAAAGCAAACCAGAAUCAAAAUUAGCGGAUCAAACGAAACUCGACAAAGAACCGAAACAAGACAUGAUUUCUAUACUACCUCAAAAACCUGCCAUUACCUCUGAUUAUUCAAAUGCAAAAUCGACUAAUUUUGGAAUUUAUUCCGAAGAAACAGGUAAAAUCACAACUUUGCCUCUUGAAGAAGAUAUAAAAACAGAUGAUUUAAAAGAUGCAAUGAAAGAUGGAGAAAUUUCUGAAAAUAGAAAUGGAAAAACAACUCCUAGUUUCAAAGAAUCGUUGAUGAAAGCAAAAUUAAAGUUUGAAGAAAAGAAAAGGGCUGAGGAACUUGAUAUUAUGACAAAAGAAAAUAAAAAGUCAAGAAAAAAUAAAAGGAAGAGAAAGAAAGCAGAAGUGGACGGGGAAAUAGUGAACAAUGUUACAGCAGUAGAACAAUUCAAAUCAAAUAAUGAUUCUGCCGAAGUUAUUGAAGAAAAAAGUAAAAAAGCAACAGAUGAUUAUGUUCUCCGAAGAUUGUUUAAGAGGGCAGGUGUACACAGUGCAUUACAACACAAUACAAUAAUGGAUAGUGCUCAUCCAGAUUUCGCUUUGAUUGAAGUGGAAGCUGAAAGAGUGGCAAAAGAAUCUGUGAGAAAUCUUCGUUUAUCAAGAAGGCAAUAUCAGUUUCCUACUGGAAGACAAUCACCUAAUACCACAAAGUUGAGAUUUGGUAAGAAGCCAUCUUCAACGACUAAAAGAAAGAUGGAAAAAGAUGACAGUUCUGUUGUCAAACUCGAGAAAGAAAAAAAUAAAAUAUUCAAAGCUUCUCACAUCAAACCUGAGUCAAAAGAUGAUAAAUCAGAUUCCGAAAGUGAAUCAGGUUCAAGCAAAAGUAAUUCUCCUGCUCCUUUAUCUGCUUCUCAACUAUUACUAUCGAUGAGAAGACGAAAUCAUGAUGAAAUUCACAAACAAGAAGCAUUUGAUACUGCUCAACAAAAUGAGGAGAACGAGAUGUUUGGAUUCACUAUUUCUCAAACAUCCGGAGGUUUGGAUGGCUGUACUCAGAAUCCAACAGAGCAUGAUGAAAUUCUGGACGAUUUAAGAAAUGUUAUUGCAUUCCAGUGUGAGGUUGAUGGUCAAGCAAGAACAUCAGAAAUAAUGUCAUAUUUUGGUGAUAGAGUAGAUCCAGAACAUGCUGCUGUUUUCAAAUCAAUAUUGAAAGAACUUUGCACUUCAGAAGAUUCCAGAGACACAAAUGAAAAAAUAUGGACGCUGAAACCUGAAUUUAGAUAAUGUGUUCCAUUCCACUAGCUAAUCUUCUGCUGUUGAGAUUAUAAUUCAGUACAAUUAAUAUGCAAAAAAAUUGUUUGUUUUCAAUCAUGUUGGAUAAAUAUAUAUCACAGUAGAUGUUGCUCCUUGGGUAACCCUUUGAUUGGAGCAAAGACAUAAGGUGCCUCAUAAUUGUUUUUUUUCAGAUUUUCAGAGGUCUACCAUAAAUAUUUUUUGACUCAGUUUCGGUAGGCAUAUAUAUAUAUAUAUAUGAUUAGAACUUCCACUGGUAAUCAUUCACAGCCAACAUGCCUCGAAUGAGAUCUGGGCCAGGGUUAUGACAUGUUUAAAAACCACUGCUGCAAAUGAAUUAAUAUUCUUUCUGUGUAGCUAUGUAUUGACUGGCCAUAACUUUGCUGAUAGUUUUCUAGGAUUUACGAAAUCUAUUUUAUUAUAAAUACUUUUUCUUAGUUUAUUCAAAUUGUGUGAAAUUGACGAUUGUACUAUCAACCUAACCCCAGACUCUUUUACUUAUGAGUGAGCAUGAUAGCAAAUUUGUUUCGCUGGCCAUAAAAAAACAAAUAAAUCCUUCCUGAAACUAUAUCUGUGGGCAUAGUAAUACAUAAACCUUGCCAAAUUAGGAUGUGAAAACAAAUGUUUUGUUUAAUAAGACCUCAACCUAAUCUACCAUCAUACCAAAUGUGCCAUUUUAUGAACUAGCAACAUCAAAUCAUGUAAACGAUCAAGACCUCGCUUCUGACUAUUUUUAAUUCUUUUUAUAUCUUCCAUUUGUUGAAUAAUUUCAGCACCUUCAAAUCAGCUGGGCUGAAGAGUAUGUUAUUUUUAUCCGUGUGGCAUCAAGAUUUUUCUGGAAUGUUAGUAGUCAUGAAAAAGACUGUCAUUGUAUGCUAAGUUCCUUUAUCAGUUUUAUAAUUUUCACUGCUGCUAUUUCUAAUCUGGCAAUCACUGUGAAAAGAAUUAAUUUCUAA